AUGGCCUGCUGCGCUACUAGCUUCUGUGGCUUUCCCACCUGCUCCACUGGUGGCAUCUGUGGCUCCAGCUGUUGCCAGCCCAGCUGCUGUGAGGGUGGCUAUGGCUAUGGCAUCGGGGGUGGCAUUGGCUAUGGCAUCGGGGGUGGCAUUGGCUGUGGCCAGGAGGGUGGCUUUGGAGGCGUGAGCUACCGAAUUAGAUGGUGCCGCCCAGACUGCCGCGUGGAGGGCACCUGCCUGCCCCCCUGCUGCGUGGUGAGCUCCACACCCCCAACCUGCUGCCAGCUGCACCAUGCCCAGGCCUCCUGCUGCCGCCCAUCCUACUGUGGACAGUCCUGCUGCCGCCCAGCCUGCUGCUGCUACUGCUGCCAAAGUAAUCAGCAUGAUGUCAUCCAGCUAACAGACUGA